CGUUUGUACAACUAGGAUUAUUUUGUUUGAAGCGUCGCGUUGCCGCCUGUCAUAACUUGUUGGGGAAGAGAGAUCGCGUCACCGGUAGAUAUAAACUUAGCCAAGGAUUGGAGAUGGCAUUGUCUGCCAUGAGAAACAUGGAUUUUAAGCCAACCGUGCAAGUGCUGCUGGGAUCAUUGCUUGCAUUUCCUUUGACCUACUGUCUCAACAAGACAACUGCCAUGGGAGAUCACCGUCUGAUUUUGUUAGCUGGCGUCAUAACGUUGUUUUCGUUUGUGAUGAUCGCUUAUACCUUUUUCAGGAAGCAUAGACUUAACAAUGAGCCGUUGUUUUACGCAUGGAGCCUGUUUGCCUUCACAUCGUGUGUUGACCUGAUCAUAGGUUUAGAGUUGGAUGGCCACAUUUCUGGAUUUAUGGAGUUUUAUUUCAAAGAGGGUGAACCAUACCUGCGUACUGCCCAUGGAACCAUGAUAAACUGGUGGGAUGGUACAGGACAAUUUGCCAUGUAUCUGAUCCUCAUAACACUCCUUGCUAACAGGAGGAGAUGCCAUGAAGUGUGCCUGUACUGGGUCGGGUCUAUAGGAAACAGUAUGAUUGUUUUACUGCUUGGUGGUGCAACUGGUACAUUCAAGGUCCGGGGGUCUUACUUUCUAAACAUUCCUUAUGUUGUUAUACCUAUCUGGGCAGGUGUUCGCUGCCUUCGACAGUCCAACAAAACCAGAAGCCAGCAACGGUUAAUAUGUAAAUCAGGAUAUGAGCUCAGUUUGUUAAACCGACCAUGGGACUUUGUCUUUAUUGUGCUUUUUGUCCUGGCUAUCGCAUUCUCCCUGUUUAGAGGAGUGGUAGCCCUAGGCUUGGACCAUGAUUAUGUCAAGGCUUACCUAAAGAAUUACGAGCCCUACCUCAAUGACCCAAAUAUGUUUUCAAAAAUACAGAUGGUGACCUACCUGUUUUACUUUGUACCAUACUAUGUGUCGGCCAUAUACAGCCUGGUUAACCCCGGAGAGACCUGGAUGUCUGACUGGGCAAUUCUGAAUGCUGGAGCAGCAGCUCAGAGCCAAGUGGUUCAUAUCUUUGCAUCAUUCCACUGGCGUACGGUGGCAUCAGGAUUUGGCUCCCCAACUGACGUGUUUAACAGUCCUGGGCAGGUUUUCUGGUACACCAACCUUCUGCUUCUGGUUGUGCCACAGCUGUUUGCCUGGCGUUGCUACACUGAUCAAGAAUUUUUCUUCAGUGUGUAUGAUGGUAGCAUUACCUCUGACAGAUCUGGCCGUGUGAAGUAUGCCGAUGUGGCCACCUUCUCCGAGGUGACCACGAAGAAAAACUCCACUAUGACUAAUUUAGUGGAUGGUGUUGUGACCUCUACAACCCAGGUCGAGGGUCGAGUGACCAGAAGCAUGAAAAAAAUGUCAUAAUGAUAAUGUGUCACAGAGUAAAAGCUCUAUUGAAAUGACAGUUUGCAUAAAGAAACAAAAAUAUGUGGCACAACACAUAAACAAAUAUCGUACAAUCUUUUUUGAUAGCAUUACUAAUUUUAUAGAAUUUUGCAAUAAUGAUACAAAAUGUAUAUUUUUUGAAGAGAUUAGAUAAAUUGUUGCAUUAUUUUUGUAAUUUAAGGUACAUGUUCCUGGAAAGUCUUUUUGUCUGUAGCCAUAUUUAUUUAUAUACAAUGUAUAUGCCAUAGUUUAGGUCGAAGAAGGUGACAAAUGAACCUCACUUUCAAUCCUAACAUAAAUCGAGGACAUCCCUGUUAAGGCCUAGAGUAUCAAUGUUUGGCCAGUAGCUUGACAAGUCUUUUUAAGAAAGAUGGCAAUAACCUUCCCAAGGUCCUAUAAGCAUUACACAUCAAAAUCUUUUAACAAAGAUUCAUAUUAAGGUUUAGAGUACCCAGGUAAUUAUAUUAAGGUUUAGAGUACCCAGGUAAUUAUAUUAAGGUUCAGAGUACCCAGGUAAUUGUAUUAAGGUUCAGAGUACCCAGGUAAUUAUAUUAAGGUUUAGAGUACCCAGGUAAUUAUAUUAAGGUUUAGAGUACCCAGGUAAUUUUAUUAAGGUUUAGAGUACCCAGGUAAUUAUAUUAAGCCUGUAGCGUAAACGUACUUGGCUAUAUAUUUUUUUUUAAAUAAGUCUGACCUUGACCUACUUUGAAGGUCAAAGAUAUGUGUGCAAACAGAAUUGAAAAGCAGUUGUGCCAUACAGACCUAAUUGGCCAUUUGUUGUUUUUCAUUUUAUUUAUCUUUUUUUAUGUGACCCAUUUUGGAUGUACUUUACUUUUUAUGCUAAAAUCUACAGGAUAAAAUUUUAGUGCAAAUAAGAAAAAUUUACAAAAAUUGUACUGCUAUUGUAAGAAUUCUUGAAAAUACCAAAUCAAAAUUACAUUGACUGUGGUUGAUCAGGAGCGUGUCUGUGUUAUUUGGAAUAAUUUCUACCCGAAGUGGAAUAGAUAUUGUGUUCGGGGCAGAUAUGGAUCAGCCCAAAAUAUAACAUUGGAUCUAAGUUUGGAAAAUCUUCUGCAGAAUUUUUUCAGGUGUGGCGAACAAUUAUUUAGGCAUUUAUUAUCCACAAGAGGGAUAGAGGAAUGUAAAAUAGCCCAUAUCUUAUUCAAAGAUAUCUUAAAUUACCUUGUAUGUUAACAUGCCACUUCCAGUGUGCUUAGCUUCGAGUUUUCCCAAUUUCCAGAGAUCUCAACUUCUCAAAAUUACCAUGUAACUUCCCUGAGUGUAAUGAUGUUGUCUUCUCAUAUGUGUAAUGCUAUUACAUAUAGUUGGUAAAACUUAGAGUCAAAAUGAUAAAAUAUUAUGACAAAUGAAAUCCAUGGACUAAGUGGCUUUGAAUCAUGUUGUGAUAAUACAUAAGGAUGAGAUCUGUGUGUCCUUACACCUUGUAUGUCUAUAUAUACCUGUGUGUCCUUACAUCUUGUGUGUCUAUAGAUACCAGUGUGCCCUUACAUCUUGUGUGUCUAUAUUUAUCUGUGUGUCCUUACAUCUUGUGUGUCUAUAGAUAUCUGUGUGUCAUAUUUAUACAGUAACAAGUAUUAUAUUCUAAAAUAAACUACUGCAGCAGAGGGAAUUCUUUUUUCAUUUUUGAUAUAACUUUUAUUUGUCAAGAUUUUUUAUGAUAGUUUAUUCUUUACUGACACUUUUUACAUGUUUACUAUUUUACAUUUUUAUACUUUUCUUGAAUUAUUUUCUUCAUAUUGGAAGGACAUUAAUGUAAUAAUUGAAAUCAUGCUCAGUCUUUUGAUGAAGGGGGGGGAUGUCUGUCCCACCCUACAUGUAUCCCCUCGCAUUCCUAUUCAGUGUCAUCACUCUGGUGACUACAUCUCUUAACAGAUGCUGAUCAACCUUUAUACAAAGGUCAAGCACAAAUAUACCCUAAAGAGAAUUUGUAUUUUAAGGUUCCAAAGUCAAAACUAAAGGUUAUCUUUACUCUGAAAUUGUUAAACCACUUCUGUAACAUAUAGCAACAGUAAUUUCAUUUCUGAAUGGAUUUUUAUCAAAUUUUAUACAAAGAUCAAGGAUACUUUGAAUAGAUUUGUGCAGUAUAUCAGGGUUCCAAGGUCAAAUCAAAGGUCUGAAAUACUUUAAAUGUAUUUUAUGCCCCUCUUUAUACAGACCUAUAGCUCCUUGUUCAUUUUUGAAACGUCUUUUUUUAAUAUGGUCAAAGGGAGGUCAUCCCCCUUUUUUGUGUUCUUUAAAAAAAAAAUAAGCCAUAUUAAAGCACCUUGUCAUAUUCUGUCUGCUUAUGAAGUAAAAUACAGUUUGGUUUCCUAUUCCAGCACAUGCUAGAAAUUUUUCAUGAUUAAGAAGUAUGACUGUUUUAUAAUAAGUCUAAUUGGAUGCUACAUGACUUAUGAUAGGCGCACAUUAAUGUUUUACCCCCUGCGAUACUGUUGCUAUGUACAUAAUGUAUCAGGUAAUAGAGGUUAGAAUUUUUGUUUUAGAGAGUCAUUUUUUUAUCCUCAAUUCAACUUUUAUGAGGCAUAUUUAAAAUUGUUACCUUUUAUAAUCAUUGGUAAUUGUGUACAUGGUGAUUUAAAUAUGCCUAUUUUGUGUUAAUUUCACAUUGAUUAAAUUUUUUAUCAAUGCAAAAAUUAAAAAUAUAUAUAUAUAUUGUUAUAGGUUUUGUUUAUUAAACCACAAAAGCAUGCACUAAUAUAUACUGUAAUUGUUUAACAUAACUGUUUUUUUAAUAUGCACACUUUCUAGACUCGGGUAAUCUCCUUUUUUCUGUUUUGAACACAAUGACAAUCUAAUCAUACAAAAGUGGUGUAUUGUUAACUUUACUUUUUGUACUUGGAAAUUUUACAAGUAAACCAUUUUGUUUCAUAUUUAUAAUAAAACUGGUGUGGUAAACUA